UCCUCAAAAUGCGCGCUCCCGUGAAGUUAAGUGCUGUCCCAUUCCUAAACAAGUUGAGGAAAGGAGCGAGAUUAAGGGGCGUUAUCUCCCUUAAUUUUGAGAUUCUACGAGACCUACCUUGGAGGUAAGGAUAACCCAGAAUGCAUUUCGUUUUAUCGGCAAAACUCUUUAGAAAAUCAUGGCGGACAAAACAGCGAAGCAAAGCAAAUAUAAAUGUAAGUAGUUUUUAAAACAGUUAUUUUGUGUGAUACAGGAUUGUACAUAGGGAUAUUUACGGACAUGUUAAUUGACGGUGGUAGCGAAGACGAGUCGUGUUUAUAUCGUAGCGAGCUAACUUUACGGUUGGAAUUUUCCUGGUUAGCUUAAGCGUUGCAGAAAACGAGCGAACUGGCUUGUCAUUAUUAAAUAUAUAUGCAGCCUGUAAUUUUGCAAAUGCACUUUACUUCAGGGACUACGGAUGCCACCCGUGCCUUAAUACGCUUCAGAGACAGCAAUGACAAGGGCUUCCUGAAGAACAAACAGGCUCCAAAAAAACUCUGGGAGCAGUUCAUCAAAGAACACAAUUUGGAGGGGAUGGUCACCCCUCUGCAGGCAGCCAAAAAAUGGGACAACUUAAAACAACGCUACAAGGAGCUAAAAACACCCAAGACGGGGUCGGGGACAGACGGAGGAGAAGAAACUGCAGCGUCUUGGGUGUAUUUCGAGGACAUGCAUGCAGUGCUUGGUGGUCGUCCCUCCAUUGAUCCUCCCCUGCUGGUGGCCUCUGCUUCCUCAGAAGAGGACCCCACAACACUGCUCUUAGACAUGGUUGAAGGCCCAUCCUCUUCAGCCUCAGCAUCCACAUCUGCUGCCUCUGCAUCUGCUGCCUCUGCAUCAGCAGCCUCCACAUCUGCUGCCUCCGCUUCAGCAGCCUCCUCAUCUGCAAGUGUUCAGUCCACCUCUGCCACCAGAUCUGAGGAGAGCCCCCCAACACCUUCUCCCAGAAAGAAGAAGAGAAAAUCUAACCCAACCUUGGAUUUUUUGAAGGCAGAGAGUGAACGGGAGCAAAGGCGCCAUGAGGAGAGUGAGGCAAAAACCGACCGCUUCCUCGAUUUGUUUGAACGAAUGGUGGACAAAAUGUAA